AUGGGCAGCUCUAAUCGCAUCAGAAAGAUGAAGCUUCGCCAUAUGGGGAUAAAACGUACAGACGAACGCGUCCGCUUCCACCGAAAAGAGAAGCCCACUGAAGAGAAGGAGAUAAUGCGAAAUGAAGAGCGAGUGUCUGCAGACCGCUUCUUUGAAUAUAACCCUAACCUAGGCCCGCCGUAUCAUGUGCUUGUUGACACAUCUUUUCUAAAUUACACAGUGAAGAUGAAGCUCGACCUCGUCAAUGCGAUGAUAGACUGCCUUUACGCCAAAGCAAUUCCAUAUGUCACUGAUUGCGUUAUACAGGAGCUUGAACGACAUGGUCAGCGCUUUGGAAUCGCCCUCAGGCUUGUCAAGGACCCGCGGGUCAAAAGGCUCAAGUGCGAUCAUGACAACAUAGGCUAUGCAGACGACUGUCUCUACAACAGAGCCAAGGCAGCUCAGUGCUACAUUGUGGCAACAAACGAUGUGGAACUGAAACACAGGAUCCGUAAGCUUCCGGGGAUACCACUUAUGAGCGUUCUUAGGGGUCGCUAUGGUAUAGAGCGGUUGGCAGACGCUGCCAUAGCGUAG